AUGUCUCCCGAGAUGCAGGAUAUCGUUUCACAAAUGGUCCCUAAACGGGCACGGUCCGGCCCAGAUCAUCACAUCCAUGUUCCUGACGACUCUACCCGCCCAACACUGGACUCCAUUGCUUUGUAUGUCACGUUCCGCCCCUUGGUUUAUGGACCGAGAUCGUUGUGCCCCGAGACACGUCACUCGCACGGCGUCGAAAUGUUCCGGGACAAGGAAAUUGACAAGCUCAAUCCUAUUGUGCAGCAACUAUUUGACGCGCGGCGCAAGCACCCUACUCCUAAAAAAGACCUGCUUAAUGCCAUGAUCAACAACAAAGAUCCCAAAACUGGCGAGACCAUUGAUGACAGGGCUAUAAUCCGAUAUAUGAUCACAUUUUUGAUCGCAGGCCACGAGACAACCUCCGGCCUGCUUUCAUUCUUGUUCUACGAACUGCUAGCGAAUCCAGAAGCUCUGGCUGCCGCCCAGGAGGAGAUAGACACGGUUAUUGGGAAAGAGCCCGUCACGGUCGACCACAUGGGGAAAGUCUCCUACAUUGAAGGGAACUUGCGUGAGACGCUCCGCCUUCACCCAACCGCACCGGUAUUCACCCUCCAGGCAAAGGGAGAUCAAGUCGUGGCUGGCCGCUACAAGUUUCAAGACGGCCACGCAGCCGCCGUGUUCCCUACAGGGCUCCAUCGUGAUAAGGAUGUGUAUGGACGUGACGCUGACACGUUCAAACCGGAGCGCAUGGUCGGGGCGGCGCCUGGAAGAAAAAGCCCCGGACGCUCAGCAAAGAGCAAAUGUCAAGUUAAGCCCAUGCAGAUCCUCUUCGGAUCCAACACCGGUACAUGCGAAGCUGUGGCCACUGCUCUCGCCGCUUCGGCCCAGAGUCAUGGGUUCAAGGCCGAGCCCACGCCAAUGGAUGACGGCAUUGCGCUGUUCGGCAAGAGCCAGCCUGUGGUAGUGAUCACGGCCUCGUACGAAGGCCAGCCUCCGGACAAUGCCGCCCACUUUCUCGAGCGGCUCUGCAGGAACCCGAGAGACAAGGUGGAGGGGGUCAAGUACGCCGUUUUUGGUCAAAAGGUAACGACAGUAACAACAGAGGAGUGGUAUUCGACAUGUCAGAGAGUGCCUACCGAGGCCGAUGAGGCUCUCGCUAGGAACGGAGCCAUCCGGCUGACGGACCGGGUGGCCUUGAACGUCACCGAGGCGAACGUCUUUGACGCCCUCGACGAAUGGACAGAGACGAAGCUUUGGCCUGCACUAUGCACCAGAGAGGACGGCGACAGCAAGAAAACGGCAGAACUCAAGCUUCAUACAGAUACUCAGAGGCGUGUCGGGGCGUUGAAGCAGGACCUGCAGCUCGGUCAGAUCACCGCGACGAGACUUGUCACGACCAAGCAAGGCGCGCCUCGCAAGCGUCACGUGACUAUUGCUCUACCGUACGGUAUUACAUAUGAUGCGGGAGAUUAUCUGGCUGCCAUCACUUCACUUCCCAAGGGUCAACAACUGAGUGCGCACGAUAUUCUCGGUGCCAUGGUAGAGUUAUCGCAGCCAAUCACUUCCAAGGCCUUAUCGGCCGUCAAGGAGACUAUCACAGAUGAGGAAGAAGCUGCGGCUGUUGAGAGGGUGACAAGUAAUUCCGGGGCAUUAGCAGCCACGUCCCUGAUUGACGUUCUUGAACUCUGUCCCUCGGCAUCGUUCUCCUUCGGCGCCUUCCUGUCCUCGCUCCCGGCUAUGCGCGACGGCGCGCAGGUGCUUGAGCUAUUCUGCCGUAAUGCCGCUCUGUACUUUUGCGGCGCUGGGAUUGUCGGUUCGGGCGUGGACAAGGUCAUGAUGCAGAUUAGAAGGGAGCAGGUCAAGUGCAGCGAGGAGGAGGCUAAAAAAUGGGUGUCAGAGCAGAAAGGCGAGCGUUAUUGGGCCGAUACCUUUGCUUAA